AUGUUUGAGAAAUCGGCUUUAACUGGAAGAAUCGUAAAAUGGCAAUUAUUACUUUCUGAGUUUGACAUCACUUAUGUCACUCAGAAAGCAAUCAAGGAGCAAGCUUUGGCCAACCAUCUCGUAGCACACUCCCUGCCUAACUAUCAGCCAUUGAAGACCUUCUUCCCUGAUGAGGACAUACUAUUCCUUGAGGGAGAAGAAGGACCAGAGGCAGACGAAUGGUCCUUAUAUUUCAAUGGUGCAGCUAACACUAAAGUAAGCGGAAUAGGGGCAAUCCUUUACUCUCCUAAUGACGUCCCCAUCCAUAUUUCGAGAAGGCUAACCUUCAAAUGCAAAAACAAUGUAGCCAAGUACGAGGCAUUUAUUGCAGGCUUAAAAGAAGCAAUUAUUUUAGAGGUAAAAAAGUUAAGAGUUUUCGGCGACUCUCAACUCAUCAUCAAUCAAACGAAUGGUGACUGGAGAACGAAAGACAAGAAGCUGAUUCUAUACCAUGUUUAA